AUGUUUUAUCCAGAGAAAACCUCUCCUGUGACGGUUUCUGGGAGUGGAGUUUUUAUGGUUACAAGAAGAAGAAAACCCGACUCUUUUAAAUGUUAUUCUUUGUUCUUGGUCAUGGUCAUGAUAGUAGAUCUCAAUCUCCUCGGCAGUAGUUGAUGUGUUUAACACUCUCAACAUGACCAAACAGGCAAACACAUAUCGAAGAAUGAGCCCUCUUCCCCGUGCACACAGGUAGCCCCUAUACCUCACGAAUAGGUACAUCAAUCAAUCAAUCAAUCAAUCAAUCAAUCAAUCAAUCAAUCAAUCAAUCAAUCAAUCAAUCAAUACUAGCUUGCCUGCCUGCCGCUGCCUCUCCCUCCCAUUGUUCAUAUCUUCCGGAUCCGCUGCUUCGAUGAGCAAGAGUUCUGCAGUUUUUCGCACAGAAGUCGCUUCACUCGUCCAAGAGGAGAUGAAGAAGCUGAUGAAGCCACUGGAAGACGAGUUGGCGAAUGAGCGACAGAUGCGCAAAGAAGCGCAAGCGGCUUUGCAGGACGCCUUGUCGAAGGGGAAGUAGACGUCGACGCGGUCGUUGAUCGGUUGGGUAUUUUUGUAGAUUGUUGUUCUCUCAACAACGUAUAAUUGAAAGAAAAAUGAUUUCGUAGAAAUCUCAUUCCACCUAUAAACAUAAGUAACCAGCAGGAUGACUCAAACGUACUGAAGGAAGGUGGAUUGAAAUUGGAUAGUCUAAAAUACUAGAGACAAUUUCUAACACGUCAAACAAAACGACCAUAAACGCAUAAAAGAUUGAUAGAUAGGAAUCAACAACAUGAACAAUACGUGAAAAAAUAACAUUACGCAGUGAGAAAAACUCCUUCAAAUUCAAAAACGUCUAAUGCAGUCCCGCAGACAUCAAAAUUAUCAUUUGAGAAAAAACCUGAACAUCAUGCUUCUUCUUGGAGAACCCGCUUGUGCUGCACAUCAGUGUUGGAAUCAUCAGACGUAUUUCGAAGAUCGUAACGAACAUGCAACCAGCUCGAUAAUUGUACAGAACAACAAGCAGAGGAUUUUCGAU